UAUUUAGCGUCCUUGGACUGGAGCUCCACGUGAGGCUAACAUGACCGCUGUUGUUGUCCGCCGGCUAGCUGCACUCUCCGGGGCUUCGGCGGUGGCACUCGGAGCCUACGGGGCUCAUGCUUCAGGGUAGGGAGAGCAGAAGCACAAUGUUGUCAGGAAAUAAUCCAAGGCUGUCGGGAACUAAUGUCGCAGUCGGCGUGUAAAGUAAUGGAAAAACAUCACAUUAGCUUUAAAAACAGCGACCCGGAUGAUUACCAGAGAGUGCUAUUUGAAACGGCCAACAAGUACCACUUCUACCACAGCCUGGCCCUGCUGGGUGCCGCCCACUCGAGUAAACCCGCUGUGGCCGGCACCCUCCUGAUCGCCGGCAUGGGGAUGUUCUGCGGCUCGCUCUACCACCAGGCCUUGACCGGGGACCCAGAACUUCGCAAGAUGGCUCCCGUGGGGGGCAUGGCAAUGAUUGCCGGCUGGCUGGCGCUCAUCCUCUGACCUUCUGGGCCCGUGCGUGUUGGCCAGAGAUAACAGAGCAACAAGAUAACGACGUUUUUGCCAUUGCUGUCUGAGCUGAGCUCUGACAACAGAGAAAGAAGUUUGUUAGAAUAAAUGUAUACUUAUUAGGGCUGUCAAAUGAUGAAACAAUUUCAUCAAAUUAAUCACAGUUUGCGAAUGAAUGAAUCAUGAUUAAUCUGUUUGCCACAAUGUGUGAAAUAUGCCAAUUUUUGCUGUUUUUUAUGAACAGAAACAUGACAGGACACACACACACACACAUACAAGUGUAUAUAUAUACACAUUUGUGUGUAUAUUUGUAUGUAUUAACAGCACCAAAUUGAAAAUGUAAGUCAAGCUCAAAGAUACCACACGUCUGAAAUUGUAUUUGCCUAACGCUGAUCUCUAGUAACAGAACAUUGGAAUCACACUUGAACCAUUUUAUUAAGAUUAUUCAAAGACUCCACAUAAAUUGAAGUCACAUGUUUUGAGUGUAGAUGUGUUUUCUGGGAUUUCCGAGCGUGCUUAAAUGCAACAAAUUGUACUUGCGCAGUAAGAAUUACGUACUGUAGGCGAGAGACGAGGAUAUCCACUUACUGUUUUUCUUUGCUUUUUUAUUUAGACCACACAUACACGCAUAAUAAAGCCGUGAUUUCCA